AUGUCCUAGACGAAGCUGAAAUACGGAGAAAUGUUCAUGACUAGCUGAAAAUACGCCGAGCUUCGAGUUUGCACAAUGCUUGUGUAACCAGUGCAUGAAAGGCAGCCUGUGGCUUUUAUUUAUUGGCCAUCCUGGAUACUCUUUAUUAGAUUUUAUAAUAGGAGAAAAUCUGUUUCGAUGAUGGCGUUCGCCAUGCUGCGGCCGAUGGCGACCCACCUGGCGUACCCGGACCACAGCAUGCUGUCUGAGGACGAGGAGACGCGCAGUGAGAGCGACGGCAGCUCGGAGCAGAGUUACGGCUGCUGUGCGGAGAAGCGGCGACGCGUGGCGCGCAAACCGGCCGUGGGCAGUGUGCUCAUCGUCAAACAGAGGAACGCGGCGAACGCGCGGGAACGCGACCGCACGCAGAGCGUCAACACCGCCUUCACGGCAUUACGGACUCUCAUACCCACCGAGCCGGUGGACAGGAAGCUCUCCAAGAUUGAGACCCUGCGCCUUGCGUCUAGUUACAUCUCCCACCUGGCCAACGUGCUGCUCAUAGGGGACGGCGGCGAGGAUGCGCAGCCGUGUCUAAGCGCAGUGUGCAGCGCGCAGGGAGAAACUGGAGGCAAACAACCACGAACCAUCUGCACCUUCUGCCUCAGCAACCAGAGGAAAGGGGUAAAAGACGGUAAAGAUUGUCUCAGGAUGCGGGGAAUCAGUUCCCUACGCAUGAGCCGCCGGUAGCCGAAAGAGAUUAAAGUGACCAAACUCAGGGAGCAUGAAGAAAAAGAGAAAGAGAGCGAGAGAAAGGAGAGAAGGAGACAGAGGGGCGCACGUGGAGAAGCGCACCGAGAGCUUGCGCUGGAGCACGCAGAGACUCAAGGACUCGUAAGAGAUUCAAAAGACGGCUCUUUAUUGAUUUUUUCAUGUAUUUGAACAUUUAAUGCAGUGCAUAAAUCUUCUUGUUUUAAAGAGAAUUUAUAGGAUUUUUUUCUACAAAACGUGUGAAUCCCACAAUUAAUAAAGUAUAUUUUUUAUCAGAUCUUAAUGUGCACGGUUUUAUUGUAAGAUGUCACACUACAAUAUCGCAAUGGCUUGAUCAAGACAUUGAUUACACUUAUUGUUUGCAGAUGCAGAUAGUUAAUCAUUUAACUUGUGUGGUAUUCCAACAGCCUUUGUUUUUGACUGCUAUUCAUCCAUGGCUCAUAUGUAUUCUGGUAUGAUAUGCAGUUUCUGUGGAUAGCUUCCAUAUAUUACAAUUCA